CAAGAUGCUGGUGCUACAUUGGAGAAAAUGUUAUCAAAUGGUUCAUCAGUAUCUGUGCAGCUGUACUCUCCAAGGAGACCGGUGGUUGAUAUAGCCGAGGUAUUUCUUUGGUUAAUGGCAGUAGGUACCAUAUUGUGUGCGUCUUACUGGUCUGCAUGGAGUGCAAGAGAAGCAGCUAUAGAGCAAGAUAAAUUGUUAAAGGAUGCUACAGAUGAACUUCCAAACAUUAAAAGCCCUGGUGGAAGCAGUGUAGUGGAUAUCAACACAACGUCUGCAAUCUUGUUUGUCGUUGUUGCUUCAUGCUUCUUGAUUCUUAUAUACAAGCUUAUGUCAUAUUGGUUCAUUGAACUAUUGGUGGUUCUCUUCUGCAUUGGUGGUGUAGAGGGUUUGCAGACUUGCUUAGUUGCCUUACUAUCAAGGUGGUUCAAGCGAGCUGGAGAAUCAUUUAUUAAAGUGCCUGUCUUAGGGGCUAUCUCAUACCUUACUUUGGCUGUUGCUCCAUUCUGCAUAGCUCUUGCUGUGGUUUGGGCUGUGUACAGAAAUGUCUCUUUUGCAUGGAUAGGUCAAGAUAUACUUGGUAUUGCACUCAUUAUCACUGUUCUUCAGAUAGUACGAAUUCCUAAUCUCAAGGUGGCCACAGUCCUUUUGAGCUGUGCAUUCAUCUACGACAUCUUUUGGGUGUUCCUUUCCAAGAAGCUGUUCAAAGAAAGUGUGAUGAUUGUGGUAGCUCGUGGUGAUAGAAGUGGUGAGGACGGCAUCCCAAUGCUUCUGAAGAUUCCGCGCUUAUUCGACCCAUGGGGUGGUUACAGUAUCAUUGGCUUUGGCGACAUCCUCUUGCCUGGACUCCUCGUAGCAUUUUCACUUAGGUAUGAUUGGCUAGCAAAUAAGAGCCUACGAGCCGGAUACUUCUUGUGGGCAAUGUUCGCUUAUGGGCUAGGUCUUCUUAUCACUUACGUGGCAUUGAACUUGAUGGAUGGUCACGGCCAACCUGCAUUGCUUUACAUUGUUCCGUUUACGCUAGGGACGUUUCUGGCACUGGGGAGGAAACGAGGCGAGCUAAAGGUACUGUGGACGAGAGGAGAACCUUUAAGGGUUUGCCCGCAUGUCCUUCUUGAAUCUGCUCAAGAACAAAUCUGAGAAGCACUUUAUUCUGUAAUUAUGUAAGCUAACUAUAUAUAGUUCGUUGGAGAUCAUGUAAGAAACGAGAAACGUUGUUCGUUUCUCCUGGAUAUUGCUUAUUAGUAUGGUAAUAUUAUUUCUAUUUGCUAAAA